AUGCGACCUCUGGCCUGGGACCCGGCGUCGGACUUCGUGUUCCGCUGGGAGAUCAUGCGCGUCACCGUCGCCAUGUUGGCAGUCCUGCUGCACCCGUGCGCCUACAGCGCGUUCAUCGACAGCCUGACCACGCGCGUCAUUGGAUACUACAAUGAGGAAGGUAUUCUCAUCACUCAUCCCGCUUACACAAUAAAGCACUAUCUGAAGACCGCUUUUUUCGUGGACGUCAUGUCCUUUUUCCCGUUCGAGUUCAUUCCCAUCGGCGAUAUUCUCAAGAUUUCAAACGUUGCAUUUUUGCGUUACUGCGUGCGGCUAUUACGCUGCUUGCAAGUAUACCGCUUCUUGGUGUUUAUGGACUACCUGGAUGCGCGCAUGACCUACCGCUUCCUCACCGCCAACAUCGUCAAGUGCAUCGCCGUCAUCAUUACGGUGAUGAACGUGAUUGCAAAUGCCCUGCUGUUCCGGCAUUGCGAGAAUUGGCGUGGUUUCCUGGUUUGA